UAUUGCAGACUUUUUUUGACCCAAGUAGGCACGCAAGUACUGUAGUUUUUGGACAAUGCGUCUGGAUGACGAAACCGGUUUCAGUAAUGAGAAAAUCGUGCUCCUUCAACUCUGUUAACAGGAGAAAUUCACUUCUGAGUUAAAGUUCGCAUUAACCGUGAAAGAAUUGCAAAGAAUUCAUUUUCAAGCUACCAGGCUGGAAUUAUUUUUUGAUCAACCAUUAAUUGGCACUUUGCCUAUUGCAAGGACAGCACUGAAGUUAAUUUGUGAAAGAAACUAGACUAUUUGUAGACGCAAACAAAGUAUCACGUGAUAAAACGGAAACUCGAGUAACUGAGUAAAAGUAAAGAAAGUAAAAACAAGGAACUGCAACUAGAUGGAGGAAGCGGCGCUCUAGCGAAGCAAUAAAAAGUGAUUCACUACCAGACUGCCACUGAGACAAAGCGUGUGAAGCGAGCCGAGGGCCCAUCCAUCCAUCCAGCCAGUCAGCCAGCUAGUCAGUUAGUCAGCUAGUCAACCAGUCAACCAGUCAGACAGUUAGAGUCAGUUGGUGUGUCAGUGGAUGAGAAAAAGUCAUCAGUUAGCGCAGACGGAAGAGUCAGUCAAAAUAAUAGUCAGUCGACACAUCAGAGCACUUCAGAUUGCAUGCGAAUAUUGCUUGAGUUCACUUAACCAUUAAAGGCCGGCAUUUCCUGUGCACCGACACCCUCUAACACACGAGCCUGCUGGGAUUUUCGCACAGCCAAAAUUUUCUCGCACAAGGCAAUGAACUUUCUGAAGCAGCUACUUGACGGUUGUUUCGUGUUGUGUGGCUUCAGUUUCUUGAUUUUCCUAUAUCUACCGCUCAUGCUGGCGAUGCCGGAACAAACACGUCUGGCGAACGACUUCGAUUACCGUCUACAGCGGGCGAAACAUGUGUUGCGGGAGUCACCGCUCAUCGAUGGUCACAACGAUUUGGCGUGGAAUAUACGGAAAUUUUUGAAAAAUCGUCUGCAAGAUUUUCCUUUUGCAAGCGAUUUGCGUGAAGUGUUGCCAUGGUCGGCGAGCGCUUGGAGUCACACCGAUUUGCCGCGUCUGAAGGAGGGCAUGGUGGCGGCACAGUUCUGGUCGGCAUAUGUGCCCUGCUCCUCUCAACAUAUGGAUGCCGUGCAAUUGACGUUGGAACAAAUAGACUUAAUACGACGUCUGGUAAAUUUGUAUCCCAAUCAAAUGACUUUCGUCACAGAUGCUUCAGGAAUUGAAGAGGUGCAUAGAAGUGGAAAAAUUGCCAGCCUGAUUGGUGUGGAGGGUGGCCAUUCGAUUGGCACCAGUCUGAGUGUUUUGAGAAUGUUCUAUCAGCUUGGCGCUCGCUAUUUGACACUGACACACACCUGCAAUACGCCCUGGGCGGAUUGCUGUAAGGUUGACGAGCCAGGAAAAUAUCCACAUAUUGGAGGACUCUCGAAAUUUGGCAAGUUGGUGGUGCAUGAAAUGAAUCGAUUGGGCAUGAUUGUCGAUUUGUCCCACGUCUCAGUGCCGACAAUGCUGGACGCGCUGAGCGCUUCGAAGGCGCCUGUGAUAUUCUCGCAUUCCUCCGCACAUGCCAUAUGCAACAGUUCGCGUAAUGUGCCAGAUCAUGUCCUGCAGAAAAUUGCUGUCAAUGGCGGUUUGGUGAUGGUCGCAUUCUAUCCACAUUUUCUUAGCUGUUCCAGUCAGGCGACACUAGAGGAUGUUAUUGUUCACAUAAAUCACAUACGCGAAGUCGCUGGAGUAGAUCAUGUUGGCAUUGGUGCGGGUUACGACGGGGUGAAUCUCGUACCCAAAGGACUCGAAGACGUUUCCAAAUAUCCACACCUCUUUGCAGCAUUACUUGAGUCUGAUAAAUGGUCUGAGGCGGAUAUAGCGAAAGUGGCGGGGAAAAAUUUAAUACGCGUAUUCAAAGAAGUCGAAGCGGUACGCGAUCGCAUGGAGCAGAAAAAAGUUCCACCUGUCGAUCAGACUAUACCACCCGAGGAUAUUAUGGGAAGAUCCUACUGCCGUUAUCAAGGACCACGAACGUGAUUACCCUCAUAAGAUAGAGAGAGAGAAGGAGAGAGAGGAAGUGAGAGUGAAAUUCGCCACAACCAAACAAGAAACAAAUAAAUAACUACUACUAAAUAUAUUGGAAAUAAGAGUAUUAAACCAAACGAAUUUCAUAAAUUCGAUGUAUUUCUUUCGCAGCGCACACAAAUUUACAAAACCCAAUUAUACGAACGUUAAAUUACGAAUUAGAAACAGAAAUAUCUACGAAAUAUUAAUACGUUAAUGAAGAAAGCAAAAAGAAGAAAAAAAUAUUACACAAAAAUUUAACGGUGAGCACUAAACGCAAAUGGCAAAUAGUUAUAUCUUAAACGUGUAAGUAUGUGUAUAAACCAAAACAAAAACAAAAAAGAAAAAAAACCAAAUAUUUUUUCAGUCAGUCUUUAUCAAUGUAACGAAGUUAAACUUAA